UUCACCUGAAAAUUUAAGCCAUGGAAUCAAAUGAAAGCAAGGGAUUCCAUGAUCUACCUCAUGCAAAUGUCCUUUUACAUUUCCAGAGUCUUUCUCACACCCACAAACACAAUCACAUCUUGAGCCUCCUGAACAUGCAGCCAGAUGAAGCUGAACACCAUAGCCUAUCCCAUGCAAGCCUAUCUCGAAAUCCAGAGUCCAUACCAUUUUUCUUCACUAGAUUCUUCCCUGACUCUCAAACUCAUGCCCCACUACAAAAAUUAUCCCCAAAUGCAUCAUCUGAUCUCAGUAAUGACACCACUUCUGACAAAGCAAAAGACCUCCAACAAAGCAUCAUCAACGAGAGGAGGCUCAAAAGAAUGAUAUCUAACAGAGAUUCUGCUCGGAGAUCGCGCCUGCGGAAAAAAAAGCAAAUUGAAGGGCUCCAAUAUCAGGUUCAACAGGUCCAAAUUAAGAAUCAACAGCUCUCCCAAAAGCUUAUCCAACUCUUCGAGUGCAACCAACAAAUCCUCCAAGAGAAUGCUCAGCUCAGGGAAAAAGUCUCUUCCCUUCAACUAGUCCUCACCGACGUGCUAACGCCUCUAGGCCGAAAUGUGGAAGAGGACACUUGCAAUGCAAAUCGAUCCACCACUGAAAUUUGAGAAGAAAAAUGGUCUGGAACAUAUAUUCUAUAUCAGGUACAACAUAUAAAUAGCCAAACAACAGCUUUGAAGGACAUGAUUUGGAUCACCAACUUUUGUUGUGAUGUUUGUGAUCACUUUUAGAUAUAUAGCCUAAAGAUACCUUAGUGAUUCUGAGAACAUUAGUUGUCUGUGGUGUAUAUAUAUCUCCAUUUUCUUGCUGCAUAUAUAAACACUUCAGCAGUUAUGUGGGAAUGAAUUAUAUAUGAUGUCUCUGCUAUCCCUUUUGUCAACCCUA